AUGGUGACUAUACAACAACUUGCGGUUUUUGCUGUCUUCGUGGUAGUUGUUCUCGCAUUUCGAAGCGUAUCUGCGGGCAGAAAGGCUGGCAAGCUUCCACCGGGUCCGAAAGGAAAACCUAUCAUUGGAAAUCUUUUCGAUCUACCACCGACUGGUCAGCAGGAGUGGACCCAUUGGUUGAAGCACAAGGAACAAUAUGGUCCUCUCAGCUCCAUCAGUGUCCUUGGGAAGACCAUUGUCAUCAUCAACGACAGAAAGCUAGCGCAGCUAAUUCUGGAGAAAAACUCCGCAAAGCACUCCUCGCGACCUCGGCUUGUGUUUGCAGAUGAAUUAACGGGAUGGGGAAAGGCUCCCUCCAGCCAGGACAACACAAGUCUGCUGAGAUCUUAUCGACGAGCAAUGGCAAGGAUCAUCGGAACGCGCGCAUCUAUGUCCAAAUUCGACGACCUCUUGGAAACCGAAGCGCGGCGUUUCAUUUGGCGCGUGCUCCAUACCCCCGAGAGAUUUGUCGACCAUAUCCGAACUGAGGCCGGCGCUUUCAUUUUGAAAAUCACCUAUGGCUACAAUAUCGAGCCGCACGGCGAAGACCCCCUUGUCAACCUCGCCGACCUGGCACUGCAACAAUUUUCAAAUGCUAUCGUUCCGGGAGCUUGGUUGGUCGACAUGAUUCCUGCGCUCAAACACAUCCCUGAGUGGACACCGGGCGCGAAAUUUCAGAAAACCGCCCGCUACUAUCUCGAAACCCUUACGCAACUGGUUGAAAACCCGGUCGCAUUCACCAAAUACCAGAUGUCGGAGAAGAAGGAGAACAAAUCCUUCACCUCAGCGCUUCUGAGCCAAGGAGAAGAUGAAGAAAUCGUGAAAUGGUCAGCUGUUGCUUUGUAUGGUGGUGGAGCCGACACUACCGUGGCUGCCCUCGAGGGAUUUUUCCUGGCCAUGGUGCUCUUCCCUGAAGUCCAGCGUAAAGCACAAGAAGAGAUCGACAGCGUUUUUGGCAAGCCGAGCUUCCCCUCUGUCGCCGAUCGAGAAAAGCUACCCUACAUCAACGCGAUCGUCAAGGAAGCUCUUCGGUGGCAUACCGUCGGCCCUCUCGGAGUUCCCCAUCGCACCGAUGAAGACGAUAUUGUCGGCGACUAUCUCAUUCCUAAAGAUGCCAUGCUACUGCCGAAUAUUUGGUCAUUUAACAACGACCCGAAGGUUUAUCCCGAGCCUAGAGUGUUCCGCCCAGAACGGUAUAUCGCAAGCAAAGAAGGAGACUCGGUAGAGCUUGACCCUGCCGAGGUCAGUUUCGGAUUCGGGCGGAGAAUCUGCCCCGGUCGUCUUGUUGCAGAUGGAUCACUUUACUUGACCAUCGCACAUACCCUUGCCGUUUUUGAUAUCAGGAAACCGAUCGGAAACGACGGCAAAGAGGUCGAGUCGCCUGUCGACUUUACCCCAGGAAUUAUCAGUCACCCUGUGCCAUAUACAUGCAGAAUCACUCCUCGAAGUAAGGAGCACAGACAGCUUAUUAUUGACUUUGAGAAGAAUCAGCCGUUUGAGAACAGCGAUGCAGAUGAGCUGAUCAGGGCACUGAGGAAACACUGA